CAAUUGCGCUGCAAUGCCAGCUGAGCAGUGUAUUUCCCAUCGCAGCACUAUAAACCAGUGUACUCAAUCCAAGUGCGUUAAGAUUGAGCAAAAUGUCUAAAGAAAAAAAAAAAUGUUUUUCUUCCAUUAUGUGUAUAUAUCUAUUUUUUUUUUUUUUCCCUGACUUGCACGCAAAUGUCAGAACUGCAGGCUUUGCUGCUACUAUUAAUUAGCGGCGCCACAAAAUGGUAAAGCCGAAGAGGUGGUUAAAACCCGCGGAUGUCAUCAGCGUGAGGCGUUGGAAGGGCAGAACCGUCACCAGAAACCUCGCUAUCUCCAGGCUCCGACCAGCCCUCAGUUAGAUGUUUGCCACCACAAAAACCACACGAAACCGCCGCGCUCUCGGCUGCGAGUCGAAGCCCAGCGAACGGUUCAGCUUUGCUGAAAACCUCGCUGAGCUGGAAACCCGGCUGAGCUCCCCGGGGACGGGCUACGGCUUUGUGUGAAAACCAUAGCAAAAGAGGGGUGAAAGCCGGCUGUGGGGGUGCUGCAGCGUGAAGAACCGCGCGAAACCUGCGAGCCAGCUGAAACACGGGGCGCGUCGGGAGCGGGCGAAAAGGAUUUAAACUGCCUUGUAAGAAACAGUACCUGCAUGGAGGCGAGCUGGCUCCAGUCCAAGUGGACUCCUUCUGCUCCAAGCAGUCUUAAUGUCUCUUCUGACGUUUUCCGUCAGAUAGAUGGAAAACUGCUCCCUGUGCUUCGAAUAGAAUGGAAAGUGGCCACUGAUGCUAGCAUCCGGUAUCUGCGAGGGGCAGAGCUGGCGGUGAUGCAAGUGAACAGCAAUCAACAGAUCUGCGCCCGGUUUGACUUUCAGAACAACUUGACACUUCAGGUCCGUCCGGAUGGAGGCCGGUGGAAUUUCACUUUUGACCGUUUUGAAGUGGAACCUGGCCAGACUUACCAAGUGACUGUCUACCACCUGCCUAAACUGGAUGUAAAUGGAGACUACAAUUGCAAGUCCAUGUCUCUCACAAUGCCUGACUGCAAGGACUCUCUGAUGAAAAGAACCGUCCCAUGUAUAAAGACAGGCAGUUUGUGGGAGCCCAGGAUCCAAGGUAAAAUUCUAGAUGAUACAACUCUACUUGUGAGCUUUAAUCCAUGGAUGGAGUCAGCCCGAUACCAAAUUCAUGUGACCAGUUUCCUGAAUGAAAAGAAGUGUAAAAUGAUCACACGUGAUUUCACUGAGGGUGGACUGCAACAGCCAGUGAAUGUCACAGUCAAAAUAGAGAAGAACAUAAGAGCUUGCUGCAAUUACGAAAUACAGAUUCAGCCGUUCUUUGUGAACUGUGGCACAGACUGUCUGAGACAUUCUGCUUUCAUCCCAUGUUCGACAGCUCCAAGUACAGAUCCAUCAGGUGAUAUGAUUAUAUGGCUCUACUGGUGUAUCACUGGGGUCUGUGUAUUACUGGUGGGAUCAGUCAUAGCAGGUGUGAUUUGUAUGACCAAAAAACGAGCAGGACACCGGCGAGGGAAAUGCAACCACAGUGAUUUGCAAACUGCAGCACCAUAUACCGACCUUCCUCUGCCACCCUUGAAGCCCCGAAAGGUUUGGAUUGUGUACUCUGCCGAUCACCUGCUGUACGUGGAUGUGGUGCUGAAGUUUGCUGAGUUUCUGAUGACGGUCUGUGGCACUGCUGUAGCCUUAGAUCUGCUAGAAGAUCAUCAGAUCUCAGAGCUAGGGCCGUUACCCUGGCUUACUCGACAGAAGAAGGAAAUGGAAGACUUGUCUUCAAAGAUCAUCAUCUUAUGUUCACGGGGCACCCAGGCCAAAUGGCAGGCCAUGCUUGGGAGUGAGCCUGUGUGUCUCAAGCAAGAUCAACAAAAGCCAAUGGGAGACCUGUUCACCCCAGCCUUGAAUUUGAUCCUGCCAGAUUUCAAGAAGCCGGCCUGUUUUGGAAUGUAUAUCGUCUGCUAUUUUGAGGGGAUAAGCAGUGAGAAAGAUAUACCUGAUCUGUUCAAUGUCACAUCCAGGUACCAGCUGAUGGACAAGUUUGAGGAUAUUUAUUUUCGGAUUCAGGACCUGGAGAAGUUUGAACCUGGGCGCAUCCAUCGAAUCCGGGAAAUCACAGCUGAAAAUUACAUCGAUACCCCUAGUGGGAGAAAGUUGAAAGAGGCAGUACAAAAGUUCAAAAACUGGCAGACAGAACACCCAGACUGGUUUGAGAGUGAAACCAUCUGCUUGGAUAAUGAUGAAGAGCUGCAGUCUCUGAACAGAGAGAGCCAGGUAGAUUCAUUGCUAAGUGAACCAGGUGGAAUUGUGAAACACCAGCUGCACCUACGGGAGCCUGACCCUAACUGCUGUUAUGUCAUCAACCUCCACAUGCAUGAAGGUGAAAAUAGAGGCUGUAAACUGCAACCUCAACUUAAUCCAUGCAGGGAUCCAACUUCUCAGACUAUGGUCCUUCCUAUGGAUGAGGCUCCUCUAAUUCAGGUAGUGGAACCAGUUUCUUCCAUAGAAACUGGAAAUAUACUUGGUCACCAUGUGCUGAGUAACGAGGACUGUAUGGAAGGAGUUCCUCUUCUGGAGACAAGCUUUCCAAUGAGGAAUAACAUCAUCCUCCACAAUGACCCUGAAAUUUCAGCAACUGAUGACCAGAGUUCUGCAAACCUCUCAGGUGAACUGAGACACCAUCUGAAUGGACUCAUGUACUCUCUUUAUCAGCAGAGUGUCAUUCCUUCAGAGCCACCUCUCUGCCAAGAGGAGGCUGACAAGCAACACCAGUUGGUUUUUGAUGACCAAUGCAAAGACCAAAGACAGUCAGUGCAGUCAGACCAGGGCUACAUCUCUAGAUGUUCUCCUCUGCCUCCUGAGGACCUUGUGGAGGAGGAGGAGGAGGAAGAUGAGGAGGAAGAGGAUCAGGAAAAACAGGUGGUCUUCCAUGAACUCUCUCCAGAGGUCUUGAACAGUUUAAAAAGCCUCCAGCAGCAGCUGUUUUUCCAGGACAUUCAACGGAGCUCUGACUGGGGGUAUCCAGCUGAGGUGAUGGACAUUGGCCAAGCUUUGGAGGACUGUUAGGCUCUAUGUGGGACCUGCUCCGUUUGAAAUACAGGGAUGGAAGGUGGUUCCAUGCACAGUGCUGAAACUGCAUCUCCAACACCAUCCUUGUAUUAUAAAUGACUUACCAGUGGGACCUUUGUGUCUGCUGCUUGGAGGCAGGAUUGCCCAGUCAGACUGGUAACGUUGCUUUGAAUCUCUGUGGAGAGAAGCAAUGAAUAUUGGGCACCCCUGUGAAAGAACAGGCAGUAGUUCUGUUCCUUGGGAAAAUGUGUUACAUUGAGUCCUCACUGACAGAUGGCAGAAAAAUUAUUGUGGCUCACCCACUUGUGCCUUCAAAAUGCCCUCCAGCUGUACUGUUUCUAUUGCACUGGAUAGAAGUCAUGGCCAGGGUUUGGAAAAUGGGUUUAGAUAACAUAGCAAAACUUGCAUUGCCAUUUUAAUACACAGUUCAACUAUUUUGCUGUAAAUACCGUGUUAAUGAUAUGUGCCUUAAACUUCAGCUAGGAUAGGGCUGUCCCUACCUGUUUGAUACAUGUAUCUGAAGAUUUUUUUUUUCUUUUGCCACUCAUUCUUUUAUUUGCAACUGCAUUUUCAUGGCCAUUCAGAAAUCAAGUAGAGUAACUGAGUAGUAAGUAGAAUAAGCUUUUAAAUUCAGAGCCUCUGUAACUGUCCCUAGUGGGAGGUAUGUGCUUGAAAAUGAGCAACAGGAGGAAGGGGGAAAAGGGGACAAUGGACCCAAAAAAUGGUAUUCAGACUUGCUAUGCAAAUUAUAAGAAGGAUCUGGGGCUGAAUAUAGAGUUACUGAAUCAGGAGAAUCUGGUAUAUUCUAUAACGCACUGCUGCAGCACUGUUUGCUUUUGGACAUCUUGGCUCCAGGAAGACUUGAAGAUGUAGAUAGUGACAUGCAAUUAAGGAAAUUAAAGGCUAUUUUUGAGGAGAAAAAAGUGUAGCUUCAGCAGAUGCAGUUUUAGAGUGGAGAUUAUAACUGAGUUAGGGGAGGCUGAACUAAAAUGAUUUGUAAGAUGUAUUUAUGUGGGUAUAAAGUCAAGCACAGGUAGUUAAGGUUAACCACUGUGAAAUACUUAAUAGACUAAGGAAUUCAUCUUCCAGGAGCAGUGAUGCUAACUGUAUCAAUUUCAGUGUUUUUUAAAAAUUGGGCUUGAUGCACUAGAAAAAUUUGUUUCCUGUGAGUGAUUGCAUGUUGGCCCUGGUAGCACUGACUGGAUAGCAGACUAGUUGAUGCUGGCAUUUACCCUACCUGUCAUCUCGAUUUCUGCAAUCCAGCCCACUGGAUAACAGCCUGUGAGGUGUAAAUGCAUCCAGGCCUUUCUCUUUUGUGUUCAGACAAGCCUGUCCUCUUCACGUCCUUCUAAGUUUGCUUGUCAAAAAAUAUUAAGAUAACUUUAUUUCAGCUUUUUAAAAAUUUGAUCUCUCAGGAGAUAAUCUGUUCUUUUGACUUGCAACCACUAUUGUAUUAUGUAUAUUUUAUAAUUUUAUUUGUUUUAUAACUUGUUUUGUUCCUUAAAUUAAAAAGCAAUAAUACUUUUGGAUAUAUUUAUUUGAACACUUUUAUGUCCUCGAUCCUGUUGGUAUUUCUUAUAGAAAUCUGAGGCAAAACCAAGAGCCAGAUCUAAACUGGCUGACAAAUGCCAGAACAUUCCUGCAGAGUGUUGCAGCUGUCUCCAGCACAACUGAGCGCCCUCAAGUGCGGGAAGUGCGUUCUCCAUCAAAAUGGGUAUUAAAGAAGGGAAGUGUUUGUAACUUCUGUGCAGGGCUGCUCAGUGAGGCAGCACUUAAGACAGCUUGCUUUCUCUGCCGCCAGAUGCCUAGAAGGACUAACAAAGGGGCGGGCCCUGCACAGAUCCAAACUUAAGACCGGGUGCCACCUUCGCUUCCCGCCUGUACAGAACCCAGCCCAGCAGGAGCUCGGCCAGAGGCAGCAGUGAUCUCCAUGCUUCUCCAGUGAGAGCCCCUUUCUCAGAUUAUGUGAAUAACUGUCAUCUUGAUGAUCCCACUUCUUAAAGUUUCUUUUAUCUUACAGCAAUUAACAUGUAAAUCUGUUUGGUUUUUUUUUCUUCCCCAUGAGCCUUCUUCAAGUGCUAUGAAUUCCCAUAAAUCACUUAAAUAGGAAGCUCAGAAGUGUCAUCUGGAUUUUCUUGCCUUAGUCAUUCCCUUAUCAAAUAACUCCCUUGGUGUUACAGCUUUUAGAAUUCACUUUCACUCACAAGAGGUUUGUUUGAGGGAAAAAAUCCAGACGUUGUUUUAGCAAUCCAACAUGAGGAAAUCAAGUAACUUUAACACAUCUGUUGGUCCCUGAAUGCAAAUUUGAAUAGCCCAGCAAGACUCAAAGGAGGGAAAAAAAGAGCAAAAUAAGUCACAAGUUUCUAAUUUUAUUUUAACAAUCUUGCUUUUUAAAAAAUACAAGUUCUGAUUAAUGCCAGGGGGAUGCCAAGUGUCCAUUGGCCACAGGCCUCAUCUCUCACUUCAGUUUCCCCUCCUGGGAGUAGUCAUCUCUUUUGUCAGGAUAGCAAACAGAGAGCAAUAAAAUGCUAAAUAGCUGAGUUGUGUUACAAGGCUUGUAACAGAAUCCCAAGGGACAUAUGUCUUAGUAUGGCACAACUUUGUUUAGCAAAGUGUUAUUGACCUGGACCAGUAAUUUAAUGCUGGCAGAAUAUACAGUAGGUGUGCAAGGUGCAUAAGGUGAGGUAUUGUUUGCACUUUAAUGGUACCUCUAGCUCUCUCUGCAAAUGGAUCUAUUAUGCGGCAGAAGGGUUUAAAUGGAAGUGAGAGCUCAAUUACUGAAGAGAAAGGAAUUCAAAAGGAGGAGCAGGCUUAUAAACAAAACAUUGAAGAGCUUUAAAUGUUUCUCUGUUAAGAAGUAAUCGAAGUGGCAGCCGAGCUGCCCUUUCAGUUGCAAGGGGGCUUCUGUGUACAGCCAACUACUACAAGAGCUUUACGCUCUCCAAACAGCACAUUGACUAACAACCUAGAAACCAUGGCACUACAAAGAACCACUUUUUCUACAAAGGAAUUCUAUGCAACAGAAGCAUCAUUUUUCAGGGUCAUCAGUCCCAGGCAACCUUUGCAUCCACGGACAAAUUUGAAUUGUGUUUUCACUGUCAAGGGUUUAAAUAUGCCAUGGCUAGAUAAAUUUCAAAUAUGCCAUUUUCUCAAUAAUGUCUUAAAUGGGAAAAGGCACUGGCUGUUGAAACAGCAACUUUGUUACGUGCUUUAAAGGGGCACUGAAGUAAGACUUGUUAAUAAUUCUGUUGUGAUUCUUCAAGUGUCUCAACUAUGCUUAUGCUUCGGUGUAUUACGGACGUUCUUCUACGUGCUUUGGUGCUACUGUGAACUUGGCCGUAGGAGCAGCAAAACAUAGUUGGGGGGUGAAUAGCUUUUCCUUCACUUUGUUUCUUGGCAAAUUUGCUUUGUUUUGUUUUUCUUUUUCCUUCAGCUGCUUGACUGAAGCAUGGAAUACUCCUGGGUACAGGUAUCAUCUCAUUCUCUCUUGAAUAAAACUGUAGUUCUUUCUGA